UUUAACUGACUCCAAGAGCAGGAAGUCGCACUCUAGUCUCUCGGAUAGGGAAAGCGAAAAAAGAGGAGUGAUCAGUGAGUGAGGUGUCAUAAAUAUAUUCCAUAACAACAACAAUGGCACAACGGACGGUAUAACAACGUCGUUUUGGUAAUACUAGCUAGGUAAUCACUUUCCUAGUUCUGGUGCGUUUUCGUAGUAGACUCCUUGCAAGGAAGCGUGAGAAGUUGUUAUUAUUAGGGAGAAAUGGCGGACGGCGGAGGCUUCGAGUUGGGUGAUGUUGUCGACCCACCCAUUGCGCCGAAUAUCAUCUGUCCCCUUGUCACCGUUUCUGACCUACCCAGCCCGACAGCUGCAGGCCGUAACCUGAAGGAAUGGCUGCAGGAGCAGUUCAAUAAAAAGCCUGAAGAGCAGAGUGAGGACGCGCUGCUCCACAACGCUGCUUAUGUAGGAGACCUGGAUACUCUGAGGAACCUGCUGCAGGAGGACAGCUUCAGAGAGCGGAUCAACGAGAAGUCUGUAUGGUGCUGUGGUUGGCUGCCCUGCACCCCUCUGCGCAUCGCUGCCACAGCCGGUCAAGGGGCCUGUGUGGCCUACCUGAUAGGCCAGGGGGCGAAGGUGGACCUAGUGGAUGUGAAGGGUCAGACGGCCCUCUAUGUGGCGGUGGUCAACGGACACCUGGACUGUGUGACCAUCCUCCUGGAAGCUGGAGCUGACCCCAACGGCAGCCGCCACCACCGCAGCACUCCCGUCUAUCACGCUGCACGGGUAGGCAGGGUGGACAUACUCCAAGAGCUCAUCAGGUUCCAUGCCGACGUGGAUGUGGACCACCAGCUGGGCGCCAGGCCCCCGUUUGGUGCGGCCCGUACCCUCACCACACUGGUGGUGUGCCCGCUCUACAUCAGCGCCGCCUACCGCCACCUCCACUGCUUCAGCCUGCUCCUGGCGGCCGGCGCCCAGCCGGACUACAACUACAACGGACCAGUGAGCCGCGAAGCGCUAGCAAAGGGUUUGGCCUCCUGCCUGCUGGAUGCGGUCCUGAGACACGGCUGUGAGGCGGCGUUCGUCAGACUGCUGCUAGACCACGGUGCCGAGCCCAGCCUGGUACCCUGGGAGCAGCCCCACCGAGAGGGAGCGACCGCCGGGGGCCGAGAGAGGGUUGACCCCGAAGCCCUGCAGCUCUACUUGGAGGCCAGGAGAUGUCCUCGUAGGCUGACCUACCAAUGUCGGAUCAGUAUUAGGAAAGUGAUGGGGAAGCAUCGGCUAAAACACAUCCCUUCUCUACCGCUCCCGGACCCCAUUCAGAACUUCCUGCUUCACCAGAACUGACUCUGGCAGGCCUUGCCUUUGAUGAUCGUUAUGCUAUUAUGAACAGUGACGGACUUACCAUUAGGCAGAAGAGGCAAUUGCCUCAGGCUUCACAUCAUAAUCAAGGGGCCUCAUGAGCUGGGCAUAAUUUAAACAAAUAAAACUAGUAAUCUUUUGGUUUAUUUCUCAGCUUGCCCCCCCCAAUCUCUGCUCGAAGGCUGGACUGCUCAGCUCAUUGCUCUCAUUCUUUCUCACUUCAGUAGGUUGGUUCAGCAGCAGCAAAAUCUGCAGGAAGCUUCAAAGUUGCAAACGAAAUGGGGAAGGUGAGUUUUGCCUGGUAAUGAGGCCACAUUGUUGUCAAAAAUACCUCCAAAAAAGUAAAUGAAUCCAUAUGGCUGAAUAAUAAUAAAUAAUAGAUCAAUAAUUUAUUUCUAUACAAAUACACUAAGUGUAUACACACUAAGUGUACAAAACAUUAGGAACACCAUCGCUUUCCAUGACAUAGACUGACCAGGUGAAUCCAGGUGAAAGCUAUGACCCUAUAUUGAUGUCAUUUUUUAAAUCCACUUCAAUCAGUGUAGAUGAAGGGGAGGAGAUGGGUUAAAAAAAUAUUUUUACGCCUUGAGACAUGGAUUGUGAAUGGGCAAGACAAAAGAUUGAAGUGUCUUUGGGGGGUAUGGUAAUGUAGUUGAUGCCAGGUGCACCUGUCUGUGGCUCAGUUGGUAGAGCAUGGUGUUUGCAAUGCCAGGGUUGUGGGUUCGAUUCCCACGGGGGGCCAGUAAGGGGGGGGGGAAUGUAUGAAAUGAAUUGAAAUGUAUGCAUUCACUACUGUAAGUUGCUCUGGAUAAGAGCGUCUGCUAAAUGACAAAAAAAAAUGUGUCAAGAACUGCAACGCUGCUGGGUUUUACUCGCUCAACAGUUUCCCAUGUGUUUCAAGAAUGGUCCACCACCCAAAGGACACCCAGCCAACUUGACACAACUGUGAGAAGCAUUGGAGUCAACAUGGUCCAGCAUCCCUGUGGAAUGCUUUCGACACCAUAUAGAGUCCAUGCCCUCACGAAUUGAGGCUACUCUGAGGGCAAAAGGGGGUACAACUCAAUAUUAGGAAGGUGUUCCUAAUGUUUUGUACACUCAGUGUACAGUGCAUCAGAAACGUUGUUUAUUGCUUGUUUGCUGUGACGAAGCCUCCAUUCUCUGUAUGAGUCUGUAUGAGUUGCUUCUUGACUUAUUUGCAUACCUUCCACAUAAUUGCAAUAAUUCCAAAAAACAUAUUUAUUUUCUAUUUUCUCUAUAAUAGGGCGUUAUGUACCAGUGAUCUGCAACUAAAGCAAUAUGUUUCCCCCUUC